GUCCAUAAGAGAGAAGCGCCCCCGAUAUCGUGGCAUGCCUGACCUUUGUCACAAACACACACUCUCUCUCUCUCUCUCAUCCAAUUACAUCCAACACUUUGGUUUCUUCUAUAUAUAUCAUCUACAUAUACACACACAUAUAUGUAUGUGUUUAGGAGUAAGGGAAGGUGCGUGUGCAUGGUUAUGAGUAAAUGAUGGAAAUCUAGAGAGAGGGUUUAGGUUGAGAGAGAGGAGAAGAAUAAAAUGGGAAAAGGAAGAGCUCCAUGCUGUGAUAAGAGCCAAGUGAAGAGGGGGCCAUGGAGCCCUUCCGAGGACUCCAGGCUCAUCUCCUACAUUCAGCAGCACGGCCACGACAACUGGCGCGCCCUCCCCAAGCUCGCCGGGCUGUCGAGAUGCGGGAAGAGUUGCCGGUUAAGGUGGAUCAAUUACUUGAGGCCUGAUGUGAAGAGAGGGAAUUUCACCAGGAAGGAGGAGGAGACCAUCAUAAGGCUGCAUCAGUCCUUUGGAAAUAAGUGGUCUAAGAUCGCGUCUCAUUUGCCGGGAAGAACUGAUAAUGAGAUCAAGAAUGUCUGGAACACUUAUUUGAAGAAGAGGUUGCCAGCUUUUAACGGCUAUGCGGACUCCACCGGGGAUGAAUCGAAGCGGGACUCUUCUCUUACCUCUACAUCCUCGACACAUUCGUCUCCUUCUUCUUUUGCCACUCAUGGGGCCGGUGGAGACAGAGACAUGGAGAUUGAUCCCGGAAACAAGGAAGUGCAGAUCAAAGACAUGCUGGAUCGAACUGGCCAGAACAAGCCAUCGAGUUCUGCUUCUCAUGGAUCGAAUGCAUCUAACAUUUCCUGUGAAGUUGGAGACGCCGAAAAAGAUGGCAAGGAAAAGCUGGAUUUGUUCUUCGAUAUCAUGGAGGAAGUGAACAAACCAGACAUAGUCACGGGGAACAACGCGCUACUUGAUAUCCCAUUCGAGUACGAUACUGAUUUCUGGACCAUGCUAGACAGCUUAGCCAGAUCCCCUCCCCAAGCUACUGAAAUCGACCAACUCCUCACCGCCAAUGCCUACCGAGACUCCACCUUGGGCGAUCAAGGAAUCAACAGAGAGACCGAAAACGACAAGUGGCUGCAAUAUCUGGAGCACGAGCUCGGACUAGUAGAACCGUGGCCCCCCGUCGUCCAAGGAGAGGAUGACUCGAAACGUCCCAAGGAUGCAUCCAGGCCACUAAACUAGUUCCCGUUGAAUUACUAGUCAAAAUUUGCUCCAUUUUCAAAUUAAUUUGGUCUCUGUCAAUUCGAAACCAAUCAAGGGCCCCCGACCGAGUCAAAUAAGUUGAACCAGAGAGGUACAGAUACUAAUUAAUUGGGUAGUUGCAAGAGAAUUUGAUAUAGUAUUGAUUUGUAUCCACAGAAACUAAUGUAAGAAACCUUAACUAGUUUUCAACAGAAAGAUGCAACAACAUUUGUUGAUUAUCCAAAGUUUAGUUUUAGUCUACCCAGACAUUUAUUAGAGGGUAGGUAAUGUUUCUCUUGAUGGAUAUUAGUAUAAUAUAUGUGUGUGUGCGUGUGUAUGUGUGUGGUGUUUUCAUAUAUGUCCCCACAGGUUGGACAAAUGAAGAAAAAUGCACUCCUGCAA